AGACAGCCAGCUAGCUAGCUACUUGUGUUUAUUUUCAACAGCAAGUACACCAAGUUAUCCUUGAUUAUAUCGUUAUUCUUAAAGUUAGCGUCACACAAUUGGAUAUAUAAGCUAACUGGCUUUUAACUCUGAAACGUGUUAAUAAACUGGCCCUUAGCUUGGGCGAUAAAUACCAUACUAGCUGGUUUUGAGCUAUUUGCUACUACUAGCUAAUUUACAAGUAGCUCUAGCGAAUUGAUUAGCUGGCUAGCUAGCAAAGUAACGCGUAGCUCGCUAACAACAACAAGGAAUAUGGGGUCGAUUCUUAGUCGGAGAAUCGCUGGUGUUGAGGAUAUUGAUAUCCAGGCGAAUUCUGCGUACAGAUUUCCACCAAAGUCAGGAAAUUAUUUUGCUAGUCAUUUUUUCAUGGGAGGGGAGAAAUUUGACACUCCACAUCCAGAGGGAUACCUAUUUGGGGAAAACAUGGAUUUGAACUUCCUUGGAAAUAGGCCUGUGCAAUUCCCGUAUGUGACCCCAGCACCCCAUGAGCCUGUAAAGACCCUGAGAAGUCUGGUCAAUAUCAGGAAGGACUCUCUACGGUUGGUCAGGUACAAGGAUGACACUGACUCUCCUCUAGAGGAAGGAGGAAAGCCCAAGGUUCUGUAUGGUGUGGAGUUCACCUUUGAUGCUGAUGCUCGUGUGGCUAUCAACCUUUACUGCCAAGCCUUUGAAGAGUUCUCCAAUGGGAUGGCAGUGUAUAACCCAAAGGAUCCAUCCUUGGUUUCUGAGACUGUACAUUAUAAAAGAGGUGUGAGCCAACAUUUCUCCCUGCCUUCUUUCAAAAUUGAUUUCACCGAUUGGAAGGAGGAGGAUCUGAACUUUGACCUGGACCGAGGUGUUUUCCCCAUGGUAAUCCAAGCUGUGGUGGAUGAAGGGGAUGGUAGGUUGUCUCAGCCACAUGAUUGCUUGGGACAUGCACAUGUUCUGCUGGCAGCUUUUGAGAAACAUGUGGAUGGCAGUUUCUCUGUCAAGCCUCUGAAGCAGAAACAAAUUGUGGAUCGUGUGAGCUACCUGCUCCAGGAGAUCUACGGAAUUGAAAACAAAAACAACCAAGAGACCAAGCCAUCAGAUGAUGAGAACAGCGACAACAGUAACGAGUGUGUUGUGUGCCUGUCAGACCUCCGGGACACCCUCAUCCUGCCGUGCCGACACCUGUGUCUCUGCAACUCCUGUGCGGACACCCUGCGUUACCAGGCCAACAACUGUCCUAUCUGCAGACUGCCCUUCCGAGCCUUGCUGCAGAUCCGAGCUGUGCGGAAGAAGCCUGGGGCGCUGUCCCCGGUGUCUUUCAGCCCGGUCCUGGCCCAGACCAUGGACCAUGAUGAGCACUCAAGCGCAGACUCUGUUCCCCCCGGCUUUGAGCCCAUCUCUUUGUUGGAGGCCCUGAACGGCCUGCACUCUGUGUCCCCCUGCAUUCCCUCCGCGCCCCUGUAUGAUGAGAUCAACUUCUCUGGGGGCCUAGGAGGGGAGAGCCGGACACUGGGCUCUCCAGAUCACUCUGUGGACGGGGCUCUGCAGAAGGGGAAAGUCAGCAAGUCACCUGACAGCACCCUGAGAUCGCCCUCAUCGCCAAUCCAGGAGGAGGAUGAGGAGAAGCUGUCCGAGUUGUCUGACGCCCAGCCUCACACGCUGCUCUCCAGCAGCCCCGCUCCCACUGAGGUCACCGCGGCUAACCACGACCCCGAGUUCGCCUCCCCCGACGAGGACAGGAUGCAUUCAGGAGGUGAGAGAGACAUCCUCCAGGACUGUAGCAGUGAACACAGCAGCUUAACCAAGACAGAGAGUGACCCACCUGGGGACCUGUCUCUGCCAGGGUCGUCUGAGUCAACGGAGAGCCUGAAGAGUGAGAGCACCAACUGCUCCAGCCAGCCUCUCCUGUGUCCCCCCAGCAGCCUUCACAUGGAGGAUGAGCAACAUGAGCCCUAACCCAGCCUGACUCUCCCCCCUGACCAAGUCCCAUUUGUCCGCCCUUCUGUUUAAGCGGGUGCUUUCACCACGUCCCCCGCAGGGAUUAAACCGUGGGUGAAAACUCCCCGUCAGCCAACGCUUACACCCAUCCAGUCAUUUCAAGGGGUAGGCAAUGCACCGUUAGACAGUGGGGUGGAGAAUUGGUACUUUAGCCACGGUCUUGUCUGCUCCGUCACCCAUCGCUUCCCAGGAUUCAGCCCUGUUGCUCUGCUCCCACUCUUCUGCUUUAUUGGUCACCUGUGAUGCCAUGGCUUGUAUCGAUUUGAACGUAGUACUGCAAGCAAGUUGUCAAUCCACACUAUACCUUGAUUGCAUUACAUAAUACAGUUCGGCGUGUUUAUUUGUGUUUGUCCAUUCUAGGUGGGAUUGUGGUUAAGUGGUGCAGUGGCAGACAUUUUUAUGCGCUGCAGGAAUGUGGCAGAGAGCCUGGUGGGUUUAUGUGGGCCAGAAAACCAACAACGUGCUGGUUGGAAUCCUCACGCUAACAAGUUGGAAAGGCUUAUGUUGCACCCAUGAGCAAGACUCUUAACCCUAAUUGCAGCUGUAAUUUGCCAUGGAUGAGUGUGUCUGCAAAAUGAUGCUAAUGUAAAUGUGGAAUUCCUGAGGUUGAGGAUCACUACCCCAAAUGGUGGUGCUAGAAGCACACUCACUUUCAAUUAACUCUACUCUAAUUAUUGCUUGACACUAAUUGUUUUAGAGUGCACUAAUGUCAUUCCUGUUUAAUUCAUCAGAAUAACUAAUAAUGUUUUGUACAUUUUUUUUCUUUUCUUGCUUCUUGUAUGACAAGAGGGAUGUUUUUGGAAGCAAACUUCCUUUUCCGAAACAUUUCUAAUCAUUUUAAACGUUUUAAGGGCUUUUCAUAGCCCUUGUCAUACUGUAGCUAGAAGUCCAAGCAUUUCAUUCUUCAACCGUAAACAUUUACAUUUGAGUGUUUUUAUAGUAAAUUAUGUGAUACCCUAUAUAUUAUACUGUACUAGAAUAUUCUUUUGUAGUAAUUUGCUAAAUUGUAUAUUUGUGUAUUAUAGAAGAAAAUCUGCUGAUUCAGAUAACAGGACUAGUAAGUAUACAACUACUGUGUGUACAUAGCCCAGCUUUAGACCCGACAUCAGCUAAACACAAAGAUAGAUAGAGCCCUCCACAAUCCAAUGCGCUAUGUUGACUGUAUUGAACAAACCUUGUUAAUCGCAGAUCUCUGUACAGUUCUGUUGUGGCUUGUCAUAAUGGCAUAUUAAUUGCCUUGCCGUGACUUGCAGUAUCUCGAGGUUCAUGUAGCACCAUGCAUAUAGAUCUCUGUGCCUACAAUUAAGAUAGAGCUUCUGCUUGUUGCAUUGGGUAUUAUGUGUUUUUGUAAAUGCCGGAGGAUACAAAUGUACGGGCCUAUGAGUUUAUUGUAUUUGAUUUGCAGUGGCUGAUGUACAGAGCCAAAAAUAUUACCUUUAUUUCUAUACUUAAUGCUUAAAGAGGAGGUUCCUUUCCUCAACCUGAUGUUACAUGAUUCCUCAACUGAGGGUAGUCUAUAGCUAUAAGAAACGGUUUUCUUUAAACAGGCAUUAUAAAUGUGUGUUUACGGCCUGUUCAACCUUGAGGAACACACCCCCAUUACUUCCAUAUGUUUUUUUGCUAGCGAUAGCUGAAGUUAGUUUAUAGAAAAUGGGGCAUGGUUUGCUUUCUCUUGACUUCAUUCCGGCUUCCUUUAGGUUGAGGAACCAUCUAACAUUGGGUUGAGUGAAAAAGGAAAUUCUCUUUUAGUGAGCUAAAAUAAACCUUAUUCUUGUUAUUAAUAAACAAUUGUUAAAACCAACUGUGCAGCAAUUACAUUUGUUUAUUCCUUAUAUUGAUACAUAUAAUCAACAACAAAAAAGUACAUAAACAAUAGACUUUGUUGUUGUAUGGUCUGACUUGUGUGCUAUUAUUUCUGUAAACCUUGUGUCCCAGGAGUAAUAAACCUAAUGCUUCGUAACCAUUUUACUAAUGCAAUAUCUUCAGACAUGGCAUCUUAAUCAUCAGGUUAUGUUUUGCAUGUAAGUUCGUUAUUCAAGGGGCUUUUGGACUAGUAAUGUUAAUGUUUAUGACUCAAAUGAUGUGCCAUGCUUAACUUUGAUGAUACACCUGUGCCUUGUUUCUGUGUCUAUUUAUUCACCUGGUAUCCAGGAUUACACCAGAUUUCAUGAUUCAUAACCUAAUAUCUGUCCCUGCGUGUACAGCUGCAUGUGAGUAACAAUAAAAUAAAUAUUAUGUGGAAUUCUGUUGAUAA